UUAAUGAAGGCGUUGUGCUGAUCCUACCGUUCACGCGUGUUCUAGAAAUUUCACACACAUAGUUUAUUAGCACAUCGCUCUUUUACACCGGCAGAUUACCAAACGCGACUUAACGAAAGUUAACAACCAAUUUUCGACUUUGUCAAUCAGUAUUCACAUAAGAUUUUUACAUUACAAGAAUAAAAUAUUGAGUAAAAAAUGUCUGUGGUCGGUAUAGACCUUGGUACCUAUUCCUGCUAUAUAGGAGUAGCACGAGCUGGUGGCAUUGAAACUAUUGCAAAUGAAUACAGUGACAGAUGUACACCGUCUUAUGUUUCACUUGGGGAUAAAAGCAGAGUAAUUGGUGUAGCUGCCAAGCAACAGGCUGUUACAAACUUCAAAAAUACUGCCUGUGGCUUUAAGAGAGUUUUGGGUCGCAAGUUUGACGAUCCUUUAGUACAGUCAGAAUUGCAGAAAAGCUUCAAGCCUAAUGAGUUAUCAAAAGAUAGUAAUGGAAAUGUUGUAUUUCAGAUGUCGUAUCUGGGUAAAAACCAUGAAUUUUCAGCAACCCAAUUGACUAGUAUGCUCCUGAACAAACUCAAGUUUACUGCUGAGAGCAACCUCAAGACCAAAGUUGUGGAUGUUGUUGUCUCUGUUCCUGUAUUCUUUACUGAUGUUGAGAGGAGAGCAUUAUUAGAUGCCUGUCAGCUUGCUGGACUGAACUGUCUGAGAAUUCUUAAUGACACUACAGCUGUUGCCCUUUCAUAUGGUAUUUACAAGACAGACCUUCCAGCUGAAACAGAGAAGCCUCGGAAUGUUGUGUUUGUAGACUUUGGGCAUUCAUCUCUUCAAGUCUCUGCAUGUGCAUUCAACAAAGGAAAACUAAAGGUAUUGGCCACAUCGUUUGACCAUGCAGUGGGAGGAAAAGAUUUAGACGAGCUGAUUGUUGAUUACAUGAGUGAGGAGUUUAAGAAAAAGUACAAGGUUGACCCCAAAUCAAAGGCCAAAGCUUACAUAAGGCUGACCCAAGAGUGUGAGAAGUUGAAGAAGCUGAUGAGUGCAAAUGUCCAGCCCAUCCCACUCAACAUUGAAUGUUUUAUGGAUGAUAAAGAUGUUCAUGGUAGCAUGGACAGGGCACAAUUUGAGGAAUUGGCUGCACCUUUGUUCCAGAGAAUAGAAAACACACUGCAAGCUGUCCUUGACAAUGCUAAACUUAAACCAUCAGAUGUAGCUUCAGUUGAAAUCAUUGGUGGGGCCUCCAGAGUGCCAGCUUUCAAAGCUUUGGUCCAAAAAGUUUUCAGCAAGGAACCCAGCACAACACUGAAUGCUGAUGAAGCUGUGGCUCGUGGCUGUGCCCUAAUGUGUGCAAUCUUGUCACCAACAUUUAGAGUGAGAGAUUUCAAUAUCACAGACUGUCAACCCUUUCCUGUCACUUUAUACUGGCAACCACAGGGUCAGAUGGAUGAGGAUAGUUCCCUGGAAGUGUUUUCAAAGUUUCAUGCCGUUCCCUUCUCCAAGAUGCUAACAUUUUAUAGAAAGGAGCCAUUUACUUUGACUGCAACUUAUUCUAAUCACAGUGGCAUUCCAUAUCCUAAUUCUGAAAUUGGAGUGUUUAAAAUAAACAAUGUCUCCUCACAAGCCAAUGGUGACAGCUCUAAAGUGAAAGUUAAAGUCCGAAUAAAUGCCCAUGGCUUAUUUAAUGUUGUGUCUGCUAGCAUGUAUGAGAAGCUGGAUGGUACAGAGGAUGGGGAUGAGGUUAAAGACAGCAUGGAGGUGGAUGAAGAUGCUAAAAAGAAAGAAGCCAACAACGGUGAUGCUGUGGUUAAUGGAGAGCAGAGCCCAACUGAAAUGGACCAAUCAUCUUCAAGUGAACAGCAAAAUGUUGAGGAAAAUCAAGAACAAACACAAGAGAAAGCAGCUGAUACUCCCAAUUCUGAUGUUGCUGAUAAGAAAGCACCCAAAAAGACCAAGAAGACAGUGAAAACAAUUGAUCUCCCCAUUGACGCUAAUGUGUUCCAGCUGUCUAAAGAAGUCAUCAAUAGACUGAUGGAACAAGAAAAUGAUAUGGUAAUGCAAGAUAAACAUGAAAAAGAAAGGGCAGAUUCCAAAAAUGCUGUUGAGGAAUAUGUUUAUGAGAUGAGAGACAAGCUGUAUGCUGUUUAUGAAAACUACAUUACAGAAGAUGACCGCAGUCAAUUUUCCCUCAAACUAGAAGACACAGAAAACUGGUUGUAUGAAGAUGGGGAAGAUCAAAACAAACAAGUCUACUUAGACAAACUAGCAGAACUCAAAAAACUUGGUCAGCCUGUGGUUGACAGGUAUAGAGAAGCCCAGGAGUGGCCUGUUGCCAAGGAUGAAAUGGGUUCUACGUUACAACAGAUCAGAAAAUUUUUAGACCAGUGGGCACAGAAAGAUGAAAAAUAUGACCACAUUGAGAAGGCAGAUGUAGACAAAGUAGAGAAGCUUUGGACAGAAAAAUCAAACUGGUUUGGUCACCGCAUCACACAGAUGGCUCAGCUUAAGCCUCAUGAAAACCCCGUUGUUUUAGCAGCACAAGUUCGGGCAGAAAAACAGAUAUUGGAAAACACGUGUCUGCCCAUAAUGAACAAACCCAAACCUAAAGUGGAUCCACCCAAAGAAGAGAAGAAACCCAAAGAUAAGAGUGGGAACAAGUCUGACGGAGAUCAAAACAACAGUGAGGGUGACCAGCAACAGCCAGCCACAACAGCAACUGAUGGGCCUAAAGAGCCAGAGCAGGAGAUGGAUAUAGACUAGCCUCGCUAGUUACAAGAAGAAAGAAAAAAACUUUGAUAGAAUCAGCUGUUUAUCCAGUCUUUAUUUAAAACUAGACCAGAUACUGGUUUCAUUUAUGCUGUAUUUAAAUGUUUGUACAAUACAUGAAGUGGUGUGAAUAGAUGAAUGUGAAAAAGUAAGUCUUCUGAGAAAAGGGACCAGGAUUUGUAUUCAUUUGUACAGGUGGUUUAUCCCUUUUCAGAGAACACAUAUCAAUCCUGAGGUAGUGUUGAAAUCUAAGCUUUCAGUUUGUCAAGAAUCUCAAGAUCUUUUUCCUGGCCAUCCAAUAUGAAAUAAGAACUACGUAGUCUGUUGCUAUCUGGAAACUAGGCACUACUAAUUAUCUAUUUUUGAAACUAUUUCACUUUAUCAUUAAUAACAUUAACUUCUACAAUUUUUAAAAACCGAAAUACAGGAUUGAAUAUUUUGAAGUUAUUUUCUACAGUAAUAUGUUGUAUUGACUGAGCUUAUUGUCUACUUGGAAAUGCUGCAUGCACAGUUUGGAUUUGUGUUGCGCUGUGCUACUGUAUGAAUUGUAUUGGAAUACUACAUUUAUAGUACUGUUAUUUAUUUGACUUUGUUUUAAAUGAAUUUUUAAUACUUAUUUAAAAAGUAAAAAAAAACCUCUAGUUCCUAUUUGUAAGCAUUUUAUUUAAGUUGACAAAUUGAAUACAAUUAGUAAUUAAGAGGAUUUAAUGGUUCACAUCCCAUCUGUACAGCUUGGCCAGGCUUGUCUAAGUAGUCUACGUGUAUGAAGGUUAAAAAUGUAGUAACAACAGAUUUAGUUGUGACAUCAUAACAAUAUUUAGUUAUGGAGUGUUAAGAUUUUGAGAUCCGGUGAACAGUCAUAGGCACUUAUUUUUCCACAAGGUACCAAUAGAUGAUCAUUGUUAUUUUAAAUUAGAAUUUCAUUAAUGUGUAAGUAUUUGCUAAUAUAUUAUUGCAGUAUAUAGGGUUUUGGAAGCUUGCAUGUAAAGACAAAAUUAUAGUGUAGCUAAUAAGGCUUUAGCUAAAAAUAUAACCUUUCAGUGUUAUGCAGUAGGUGCCAUACGAUAAACGUUUAUUCUUUAUUUCUUCUAGGUGUGCAGUUAUUUUCUGCCCUGUUCACAUUUUUGGUAUAGUGUCAGAAAUAUAUGGUUUAGUUUAAAAUACCUGUGUUUAAUGCAGAUUAAUUUCCCUUGCUCUUAUACUGUUGCAUUUAUUUUUUUCAACACUGUCUCUCUAGGCAUUAAACUUUAACCAGACAAGAUUACAUACAAAUGUUUAGUGUUUUGAUUCUAAUAAUUUAGAUAAGAGGUGCAACAUAUGAUCUUGGUAAGAAUCACCUUGUGUAAAUAAUUGUCUUAAUCGCAGGCAUUGAUAUGUUUAUAUAGCACAGCUCAGGACGUUGUAUUAAUUGCUUACAGUUCACGUCUCAGUAAACAGUUCAUUUUUUUCAUUAAAAAAAAAUCAAUCCUCUUUGGUAAUUAUUUAACUAUUUUUUCUACUUGAUUGUGUCAUUGUUUAAAAAAACUUGUUACACCAUUUAUUUUGAUUUCUGGUCUACUGUUUUAUAUUUUCCAUUCCGUGUGUGUCAAGAAAGAAAACUCAUUUUUGUUUUUAAGUGCAAAAUGUUUUUUAAAAAAAUGACAAUAUUGAAAUGCUUGAAUAAAUAUGUGCAGUCUAGAUCUAGCUCUUCUAUUGACCCUUUGAACCACAAGCAUUUAAUGGUCAUUUGAUUGUGGCUAAAAAAAAUUAAACUUAGGUUCCUUCGCCCAUCUCCCUUAAGUUUUAUUACAAAUAUCUGACAGCAAAUGUUAUCAAUUUUUCUCUAAGUAUUGUUUAAAGUAACUUUAAUUGUCAGGUUCAAAGGGUUAAUAGUAUAUAUUAUUGGAUACAUAUUUAAAUUAAUUAGUCAACUGACCCAAAAAAAUGUUUUAUUAUCAGUAUUUGUUAAAAAGGUGGUAGUUAACAGGCUUAAAUUAUAUAAAAUCUGGUUAAAAAAUGUUAAAAUUCUGUUUAGAAUAAUGGUCUUGUUUUUUUUUUUUUUUUGGCAAUGUGGUCUGUCCUGGUCUCAAUACAUUUGUUAAAACAAAGUUUGUGAAAAGUCUAAAGCAUUAGUACAUUUAGAAUGUUCAAUUUUAGGUUGUUAAUUUGAUUAAAAUUGUUCUAGAACAUUUGUAUGAAAAAAUUAAAAGUAACCAAAUUUCA